UGGCGCCCGUCCGCUCCCCUCCGGAAGCGGCGCCAUUUCCGCGCCCGUUGCCAGGGAGACGCGGCGGCUUCGCUGCCGUGAGGGGCGGCCCGGGCCCGCUCCCUUUGCUCCGCCGGGAUGUUCAUCUACCUGUGCAAGAAGAUUGCAAUUCCCGGUAAUGUUCGCCUAAAAUGUAUUUCCUGGAAUAAGAACCAAGGUUUCAUAGCGUGUGGUGGAGAGGAUGGAUUGCUGAAAGUUCUAAAAUUAGAAACACAAACAGAUGAAGCAAAAAUAAAGGGACUGGCAGCUCCUAGCAAUGUUUCUGUGAAUCAAACUCUUGAAGGUCACAGUGGUUUUGUGCAGGUUGUGACAUGGAAUGAACAGUAUCAAAAACUGACUACCAGUGAUCAAAAUGGCCUCAUCAUUGUGUGGAUGCUGUACAAAGGUGCUUGGUAUGAAGAGAUGAUUAACAACAGAAAUAAAUCAGUUGUUCGAAGUAUGAGCUGGAAUGCUGAUGGACAAAAGAUUUGUAUUGUAUAUGAAGAUGGAGCUGUGAUUGUUGGAUCAGUGGAUGGCAAUCGCAUUUGGGGAAAAGACUUGAAAGGUUCCCACCUGUGCCAUGUGGCCUGGUCCUCUGAUAGCAAAGUUUUACUCUUUGGAAUGGCAAAUGGAGAAGUUCACAUUUAUGACAAUCAGGGAAAUUUUAUUGUGAAAAUGAAGCUGAGUUGUUUGGUGAACUUAACUGGGGCAUUCAGUAUUGCUGGGAUACAUUGGUAUCACGGCACCGAAGGCUACAUCGAACCCGAUUGUCCUUGCCUUGCUGUCUGUUAUGACAAUGGAAGAUGCCAGAUAAUGAGGAAUGAGAAUGACUACAAUCCUGUUUUGAUUGACACUGGCAUGAACGUUGUCUGUAUUCAGUGGAACCCCUGUGGAAGUGUAUUGGCGGUGGCAGGCUCCCUGAAAGGAACUUCUCAAGAUGCCAACAUUGUGCAGUUCUAUACUCCCUUUGGUGAGCAUUUACAUACACUGAAGGUUCCUGGCAAACAAAUAUCCUCCUUGUCUUGGGAGGGAGGUGGACUGAAAAUUGCACUGGCUGUCGAUUAUUACAUAUAUUUUGCAAACAUCCGUCCGCACUACAAGUGGGGUUACUGCUCCAACACAGUUGUUUAUGCCUAUACCCGACCUGAUCGCCCGGAAUGCUGUGUAGUCUUUUGGGACACAAAAAACAAUGAGAAGUAUGUAAAAUAUGUCAAGAGCCUUCUUUCCAUAACAACUUAUGGAGACUUCUGUGUUUUAGCGACUAAAGCAGAUGAAAAUCAACCUCAGGAGGAGAAUGAGACAGAGUCAUUUGGUGCAAUGUAUGUGCUGGUUCUCUGCAAUUCUAUUGGCACACCCUUGGACCCAAAAUAUAUUGAUAUUGAGCCAUUGUUUGUCACAAUGACCAAAACACAUGUGAUAGCAGCUUCCAAAGGAGCAUUUUACAUCUGGCAGUACCGUGUGGCCAAGAAGCUCACAGCAAUGGAAAUCAAUCAGGUAGCACGGACCAGGAAAGAAGGCAGAGAAAGGAUCUAUCAUAUUGAUGACACCUCUUCAGGAUCUGGAGAUGGGCGCCUUGAUUACAGCAGAGCUAUUGAAGGAACAAGAGAUCCAAUUUGUGCAAUAACAGCAUCUGAUAAGAUACUACUUGUGGGAAGAGAGUCCGGCACUAUUCAGAGAUACAGUCUCCCUAGUGUGGCUGUAGUGCAGACCUAUAUCCUGAACUGUCGUGCUUAUCAACUGUCUUUGAACUGCAACUCCAGCCGUCUCGCUAUCAUAGACCUUUCUGGUGUUCUGACCUUCUUUGACCUGGACGCGCGGGCAAUAGACAGCACAGGACAGCAGGUGAUAGGGGAGCAGCUGAAACUGGAACGCAAAGAUGUCUGGGACAUGAAAUGGGCCAAAGAUAACCCAGAUUUGUUUGCAAUGAUGGAGAAAACAAGAAUGUAUGUUUUCAGAAACUUGGAUCCAGAGGAACCUAUACAAACAUCUGGAUAUAUUUGCAACUUUGAAGAUUUAGAAAUCAAAUCUGUUCUUCUGGAUGAAAUAUUAAAGAAUCCUGAACACCCUAACAAAGAUUACAUCAUCAAUUUCGAGAUCCGGUCAUUACGAGACAGUCGAGCAUUGAUUGAAAAAGUUGGCAUUGAAGAAUCUUCCCAAUUCAUAGAAGACAAUCCACAUCCCAGACUUUGGCGUCUCCUGGCUGAAGCUGCUCUUCAGAAGCUGGAUCUGCAGAUGGCUGAACAAGCUUUUGUGCGUUGCAAAGAUUAUCAAGGUAUUAAAUUUGUGAAGUGUCUGGGCAACCUGCAGAGCGAGUCCAUGAAGCAAGCAGAAGUGGCAGCCUAUUUUAGCAGAUUUGAAGAAGCUGAAAGAAUGUAUCUGGAUAUGGACAGAAGAGAUCUUGCCAUUGGUCUGCGGAUCAAACUGGGAGAUUGGUUUCGGGUAUUGCAGCUACUGAGAACUGGCUCAGGGGACUCGGAUGACGCCCUCCUGGAACAGGCACACAAUGCUAUUGGAGACUACUUCGCAGACCGUCAGAAGUGGUUAAAUGCUGUACAGUAUUACGUGCAAGGACGAAAUCAGGAACGUUUAGCUGAAUGUUACUACAUGCUAGAGGACUACCAAGGACUGGAGAAUCUGGCCAACUCACUUCCAGAGAAUCAUAAAUUGCUUCCUGAUAUAGCUUAUAUGUUUGUACGAGUGGGGAUGUGUGAACAAGCUGUGUCAGCCUUUCUGAAAUGUAAUCAACCAAAGGAUGCAGUGGAUACCUGUGUGCACCUCAACCAGUGGAAUAAAGCUGUGGAGCUGGCUAAAAAUCAUAAUAUGAAAGAGAUUGGAUCCUUGUUAGCCAGAUAUGCAAGUCAUUUGCUGGAAAAGAAUAAAAUCCUUGAUGCUGUAGAGCUGUAUCGUAAAGCCAAUUAUUUCUUUGAAGCUGCUAAGCUCAUGUUCAAGAUUGCAGAUGAAGAGUCGAAGAAAAGGACAAAACCUUUGCGAGUUAAAAAGCUUUAUGUGUUAUCAGCCUUACUUAUGGAACAGUGCCAUGAACAAAUGCAAAAUGCACAAAGGGGAAAAGUUAAAGAGAAAAGUUCAGAGAGUGCUUCAGCUUUGGCUGGUUUGCUGGAAGAAGAUGUUCUUUCUUCAACUAAUCGCUUUGCAGACAAUGCUUGGCGAGGAGCUGAGGCUUACCAUUUUUUCAUACUUGCACAAAAACAGCUCUAUAAAGGGUCUGUAGAUGCAGCACUCAAAACAGCUCUUCAUUUGAGAGAUUAUGAAGACAUUAUCCCUGCAGUUGAAAUCUAUUCCCUUUUGGCGCUCUGUGCAUGUGCAAACAGAGCAUUUGAUACUUGCUCAAAAGCAUUUGUUAAACUAGAAUCCUUGGAAACACUUAGGCCAGAGCAGAGGCAACAGUAUGAAGAUCUUGCUCUAGAGAUAUUCACAAGAUACAGUCCAAAGUGUAACAAAAAGUCUGAUCUGGAUGAUGUUCUUGAGAGUGGAGAUGAGAAACUUCCUGUAUGUGUUGCAACAGGAGACUCUAUCCUGGAGUAUCGAUUCUGGAUGUGCGUUGUAUGUAAGCAUUGUAUGAAAGCCAGUGAAGCAGACAAUUAUAAGUUCUGUCCUCUGUGCCACAGCACAGUAUAGCUGAGUAUAAAGGCCCACAUAUCUUCAUUUAUGACUCCUAAAAAUAGCCUCUAAAAUGUUACCAAUGUAUUAUAUUUUAAAAUACAACUCAGGUACUGUAUUGUAGCAGAUAGUGCUGCUAAUAGAGAAACACUAAAAAAAAAUAAAACAGAAAACCCACAAGAGAAACCUCUACGGGUUCCAUUUAUGUGAAUAAACAUCCACAUUAAUAGACUCCAUUUUUGUUACCUUAAAUCUUUUUUUAAAAGUGUAACAGCAUUCUUUUCUAAUUGUAGGUUGAGCCUAGUUUUCAAACCAUGUGAGUUGAAUGCAGGUUCAUAUUAAUAUCUUUUACUCUGAGCAGGCUCCAUUUUUUUUGUCUCCGUAAUUCCAUAGGAAAUUACUGGGUUGUCUCAGAAUUCACAAUUUUGUGAAGGAAGUAAUUCCUGAGUUGAAAUAAUGCCACAAUAGUUCUGAUAAUAUUAUUGUAUAUGUUUUUGUACUACCGUUUUCCUAAAGCAAUGAUACCAGUACAGAGAUGUUUGUGCUGGUUUCUUUUGCCAAGUGUAUUUAAACCCACCAUAGCAAUAAAGGGCUUGAAAACACU